ACUAGCGUUGGCGAUUAAAUUGACGGCUACUAAGCUGGAGGUCGAACAGUGUCGGGCUUCGCCCUCCGUCUUUGCGCCAUCCUGCGCCUCCCCACCGUCCUCCGAGUCCCGUCGGCCGGCGCAGGCGAUCGCCUUCGGUCUAAGAGUUCCUCUCGAGGUUCUUGUAAGUAGCAAGUCUGUUUGCUAUUGGUUGGAGUACAUUAGCAGAAAAAUAAUGUCGUGCUUUGGGUGCUGUGAAGAGGAUAAUAUUCAUCGAACUACUGUCAGCGGUGGUCCUUAUGUAACAAACUAUACAACAGGAAAUGAUGGACCAUAUCAUGCUGCAAACCCUCCUCCUAAAGGUGCUCAAACUGUUAGACCUCAGCCUAUUGCAGUCCCAGCCAUUCCUGUAGAGGAAAUAAGGGAAGUCACAAAGAAUUUUGGCGAUGAAGCUUUAAUUGGGGAGGGCUCGUUCGGUAGAGUGUAUUUUGCUGUUCUCAGAAAUGGUAGAAGCACAGCUAUAAAAAAGUUAGACUCAAGCAAGCAGCCAGACCAAGAAUUUUUAGCACAGGUUUCCAUGGUGUCGAGGCUGAAGCAUGAGAAUGUCGUGGAGUUAGUUGGUUACUGUGUUGACGGAAAUCUCCGUCUAUUAGCAUAUGAGUUUGCUACCAUGGGAUCUCUUCAUGAUAUUCUUCAUGGGAGAAAAGGGGUUAAAGGAGCACAACCGGGUCCAGUGUUGUCAUGGCAACAAAGAGUGAAGAUUGCUGUAGGAGCAGCAAAAGGACUUGAAUACCUACACGAGAAAGCUCAACCUCAUAUUAUUCAUCGUGACAUAAAGUCCAGCAAUGUUCUGCUCUUUGAUGAUGAUGUUGCAAAGAUAGCUGACUUUGACCUAUCAAAUCAGGCUCCUGACAUGGCUGCUCGUCUUCAUUCUACUAGAGUUCUGGGGACAUUUGGUUAUCAUGCACCAGAGUAUGCGAUGACUGGUCAACUUAGCUCUAAGAGUGAUGUGUAUAGCUUUGGUGUUGUUCUAUUGGAGCUUUUGACUGGCCGCAAACCUGUGGACCAUACUUUACCAAGAGGACAGCAAAGUCUUGUGACUUGGGCAACGCCAAGGCUCAGCGAAGACAAGGUAAGGCAAUGUAUUGACUCAAGGCUAGGUGGAGAUUAUCCCCCCAAAGCAGUUGCAAAGUUUGCUGCAGUGGCUGCCUUGUGUGUGCAAUAUGAAGCUGAUUUCAGGCCAAACAUGAGUAUCGUAGUCAAAGCACUACAACCCCUGCUGAACACUCGGUCUGGCCACCCUGGUGAAGGCCCCGGACUGUGAACCCGCAUUCUCUGAGCUUUGCCCUAUGCCCCCUUUGAGUGCAGUGCUGACCUGUAGAUUAUAUAUAUUUGUUCCACAACAAGUCAUUCAUUUGGAACCUCUUGUAGUUUGAAUCUCCUUUUGCAAUCAAAGAGAUUUGUUAGUUUGUGGUUUGUCCCUAAAA